AUGGACUGGAUCUCGUUCCUAGCGGCCUUUCUUGUGCGGCACCAAUGCGUCAUCGCUGAGCUCCAUCGUCUGUUGCCCUCACCGACCACGCUCGUGGCGGUUGCGGAUAGUCUACUGGUGCGCUACGCCUCCUGCACGCUGGUCCUCGUCGGCAGCGUCUACAUUUUGUACACCGUGGUCACCCGACUACCCUUUCUCACGUACGUUGCCGCUUUGUAUAUGAGCGUUGUGGGUCUGGCGUUGGCCCAUGCGCUGGAGAUGCCCGUGCAGUACGAAGUUGUUUUGGCGCCGCUGGUGGCGGCAGUCGCCGGCUCGCACCCACAUCUCGCCCGCCUUGGGUCGAUCGUGCUCUGGAGCGCCACCGUGUGGACCCAGCUCUAUGUGUCUACUUCGCCGGCGCUGAUUAAACAUACAGAAGCGCAGGGUCUCUUUGUCAUGCCUUUGCUCUUCCGUCGCGAGUUUGCCGACAUCUUAUGCCUUGCUGGGCCCGGAAUGCUUUUCUUCCUCGGAUAA